CGUCCGGGUGCCUGGGCGCUAAAUAGAAACCGUCGCAGUCAAGAAUAAUGGUGUCAGAGAAAGAGACAGCAAGGAUCCGCAGAUUUGUGUGUCGGCAGCUCGAUAAUGAGCCAGACUUAAGCACACUGACCUUAGGAAUUUUAAAACAGCGAUAUUUGGCACGUGAGGGAUGUGAAACAUUAAGUCCAGAGGCCAAACAUUUCAUGAAACAGGUGGUUAAAGAAGAACUGAUGAAAAUGCAGGAAAAUGACCAAAAUGGAUGUGAGUUGGAGACAAAGAUGCCCCAAAAUAAAAGGAAGAGAGAAAAGGAAAAUGACGAGGUGAUAAGUGAGGGUGAAGAUGAAUCCCGUGCAAAGAAAUCCCGUCGUCAGUUAAACUCAUCAUCAGAAUCCGAGGAUAAAGAGGACCGCAAAACAGGAAGUGAGGAGAGUGAAGAGGAAGAGCAAAUUAAAACUGGAUCCGAGGAUGAAGAGGUAGAGGUGAAAAAAUCAAAUGAGAAGAGCAAACGGCAGAUAAACAGUGAAGAUUCAGCAGGUGAGGAAAAGAAUGAGUCAGAAACGAGUGGGAGUGAGAGAAGCUGUGCUGACAGUCCAAAAGAAAAGGUAAAAAAGAAACCACAUACUACAAAGAACGGAGCGAUAACGAGCAGUAAUACGAGUCGAGGAAAGAAAACACCACAGAGUGACGAAGAGGAUGAAGAUGACUCAGAUAACGGGUCGGAAAAGAGUGACAAGAACAAUGAGAAUGAGUCCGCCGCUGACAGUGAAAAAGAAGAAAAAGUCUCAGUGGAAAAGAAAACGAACGAGUCAGAUUCGGAUUCAUCAUCACUCCCCUCUCUGGAUGAACAGGACAGUGGGACAGAAAAUAAGAAAGAUACUGAAAAGAAGAAAACUGUGAAAACAAAGGAGAGCUCGAAAAGUCAAAAGGAAGAAAACAAAGCAGUUGUGAGGCUCAAACGCUACAUUUCUCUCUGUGGCGUGAGACAUAAUUACAAGAAGCUUCUCCAAGACUGUCGCUCCGUUCGUUCCAUGGUGGCUGUUCUGAAGAGGGAGCUUGAGGAUCUUGGUGUCCAAGGUAAUCCAUCUAUUAUGAAAUGCAAAAAAAUCAGAAUGAAGAGAGAAGAAGCUCGGGAACUGGCUGAGCUUGAUGUCAGCAACAUCAUUGCCACACAAGGUCGUCCUAAACGGCGAGGAGCCUCAGCAUGGCAGAAACAAGAAGACCCUCCAUCCUCCGCAUAUCAGCGCUCUUUGAACUCCGGCUCUGAUAGUGAUCAGGAAAAUACAAACAGAGGGCGCAGAAGAGCAACAGACUGGUCUAACCUGCAGGGAAUCAUCAGUGAUGAUGCUGACAGCGACUGACAGGGACAGUUCUUCUUCCAGGUGUUCAGAUGCCACUCGGAUAUAGACAUUCCUUUUCCUCUGUUCAAGUGGGGCUUUGUCUUGUAUAUGUUGUUUUGAUACUAAAUAUUUACAAAACAUUAUGCGAGAAAAUUGAUACAUCAUUUUUUUUUUUUACAGAAAAUAAUGGAAAAUGAUG